AUGGAGCUCAAGUCGUCCGUCAAGACCCUCAAGCGCGACGCCGCGCUCCGGCUCAGCCUCGAUGCCGAGGCGCAGCAGUCCUUUGACUUUCUCUCCGAGCAGCUGCACGGAUUGCGCCGCGCCUUUUCGACGCUCUCCGACGUGUUUGUGGAGGAGGUGGACUCGCUGCGCGCGGAGCAGAAGGCACAGGCCCAGGCGCUGCGCAGUGCCCGCGCCGAAGUCCGGAGGCUAAAGGGAGAGGCAGAGGCGCGAGCCGCCGAGGGGUCGGCACACGCAGAGCGCCUCGAUGGGCUCGAGGCGUGCGGUGCAGCGAGGUUUUGCGGCGUGGAGGCCGCGCGCGUCGAGCGGGCGAGCGGCGAGGUGCAGGCGCUCGCCCGCGACGCGGGCAAGGCCUCCUCCUCUUGCCACCUGCUCCAACUCGACCUCGUCGAGCAGCGCAGCGCGAUGGACAGCCGGCUGGCGGAGCAGAGAAAGUCGCUGGACGAGGCUGCGGCGCGGCUGGGCGGCGUCUCCGAGCGGGUCGAGGCGCACGUCGUGCGCAGCAACGAGGCGCGCGAGUCGCUGUAUGCGGAGGUGGCGUCGCUGCGGCAGGCGACGUCGGCGCAGCUCGGCGCGCACGCCACAGCGAUGGAGCAAGCGAAGCAGAAGCUGCUGCUCCUCGCGCAAGCUGUCGAGACGCAGCACAGCGCCUCCAAGGCGCAGCAGGGGCGCCGCGCAGGCGAGGCGUUGAGCCAGCAGCUCAGCGACAGGGCAGAGGAGGCGGCGAGGCACCGCGGCCAGGCGGCGGCGGUGUCUCGAGGAGGCAGCGGCUGCUCCUUGAUCAUUGCUUGA